AUGGAUUACUUCUUUCUCUCUCCUGAGAAGGAGGAAGAGGUUGAAGAUGAGUCAAGACUGGUCACAAUCCUGUGUCUGACUGACACGGUGACAGGUUGGCCGCUGGCACUUCAACUUCCCAACAAGUCAACCGAAGUAGCCCAGUCCAGGUACUGUCUACAGAAUGUGGACCUCUACCUGAAGAACCUUGGGUACAACAAAGUCAUUCUACAGCAUGAUGGCGAGCCCUCAAUAUCCUUCAAUCAGAAGCGGUAUCCUUCCUUGGACGUGUCCAGCAACUUGACACCGCGGCUUGUGCGCCACGCAGCAUGGCUGAUAGCACGUUUCCAUGUGAAAGGAAAAGAUGGGCUUACGCCCUACCGCCUGACAACUGGCAACGACUACUCACACCCAGUGUUGACGCUGCCUAAGUACGAGCAGAUUCUCAGUCAAGACCUGUGGACCAGAGGCUAUGUCCUAGACGUGGCAGACGGAUAUUACUGUCCAAAGCUUCGCCGACGACUCACUUCUAUGGAAAUCGGGAGGCUACAGGGCCUACCCAAGACUAUCAUCACGGCAAUGCUUCGGGAAAGCAACAACUUGUCGCUUCCGAAGCGCUCAUUCGAAGAGGCCGUCAGGGACGCCAUGAACGUCAAUGUGCCGCAAACAAUGCUGAGACGGGGCAAGAUGCAGCGAAGGUGGAUCAAAGGCAUAUGGCUAGGUAAGCUGGACAGAGACGACAGCAAUGUGCUCGGCACGUCGUCUGGGGCAAUCGCCGUGAGAUCGGUGAGAAGACUGCCAAAGGAGUCGCAGACCAGUCAAGAGCUGAUGAACGACAUGAAAGGAAUUCCUUGGCAACCCCGCGACGGGAUGAGGCACAAGAUCAACCGAGAGUUGUCACAGCCAGUGGCACUCCCAGCGCCAGCCGCAGCGGGUCCCACCGCGCUGGCAUCAGAGCCCCCGGAGAAAGAACAUCCGACACUGGCAGAAGAUGGUCAAAACGUUAACCAGGAUGGGUUAGUCGUGCAAGCCGCAGCCCAGCUGGAAGACCUACUUGGCGACCAAGCCGAGGACUUCCCAGCGGGUAUCCCCACGGACGACGACGACGCGCUAAGCUGGGCACCACGCCAGCAAAAUCUGAAGCUGCAGAUCCUACGCCGGCAGCAAGGCCGAGCGGGCAGCCUCCGCCCUUCCGAGGUGCGGGAUGGUCAUCGAGGGAAGCGAGUGAGAGAUGAUCAGGCAGCGCUUGCACCGGGACAAGCUGAAGCCAAGCAGUCCAGGCAAGCAGGUGUCUUGCAGCAUUUAACAAAUCACGAGAUCUGGUCCCACAUCCAAGAAUGGACCAACUCCGAGGACAAGAGCAAUCCAAUGGCUUUGCAAAGGAUAGCCAACGUGACGGAUUUCGUCGACCAAUUGCUCGACCCAGAGGAGGUUACCAAAGCGCGAAAAGUCCAACUUCAAAAGCUUUGGGAGCGAGGAGCAUACAAGUCGCGCUUCACAUGCGCUGACGUCAAGGCUCGCUACACAGCAGCCGAGGAGGAGGGAUUGGACGUGUUCGUCCCAACUCCGACCCCAGAAGCGCACAAUCUUCUAGAGGUCUAUGCUCUGACAAAGGGUUACUACGCCCGAAGUCUGGACAUCGUCGCAGCCUUCUUGAUUGGAGCUGACCGAGGAGCCAGCGAAGGGAAGCAUGUCUACAUGCGUGCGCCAGUUGAAUGGCACGACACCUUCCUUGAAAAUGAGCUGGAGGAAAUCCUCUGCUCAAAGGUUGACCCACAGCGGUAUGCUUUCUCUCGUGGUGAGAAAGAUCCAUGUGUCUUCCGCCGUGACAAGUCAGGGAUCAUCCUGAUUCACCACAUAAACGACAUCUGUAUGGCUGGACCAAAAGAGGCUGUCAAUCACCUGGUUGAAGUCGAAAUGCCGAAACACUGCGAGGUCCAAGCAGGAGAGCUCGAAAGCGAGGGAACAGCUGUUGAGUACCUGGGUCGCACCAAGGUACGAACCAAAGAUGCUAUCAUCACGAUACCAGAUGAGAAGCACAUCAAGGCUGUCAUCGCUGCUGCGGGAAUCUCCAGUGAGGUUCCUUCCAAACAACUGAAUCUCUUAGAAACGGAGCCUCUUGGCGAGGCAGAUGCCAAGCUUUAUCGCUCGGCAGUAGGAUCAGCGAUCUACCUGUCGCUGGACAGGAGGGAGAUCCAGUACGCGGUGAAAGAAGCAGCGCGACACAUGUCGCAACCGCGAAAAUGUGACAUGCAAGCCGUCAAGACUCUCGCGGCCUACUUGCAAUCCCAUCCACAUGUUGGCCGAAUCACAACCUGUGAUCCCGACUGUAGCUCAGAGUGGCCAUGCGAAUUGUUUAGCGAUUCGGAUUGGGCCGGAUGCCGGGAGACACGGCGAAGCACCGACUGUUACAUAGCAGUUGUGUGUGGUGCAAUCGUCGCAUGUGGCACACAGACCCAACCGGGCCUACCAGCGACAAGUUCGCCGGACGCUGAGCUCAGGGGAGUUUCAAGGGCAGCUCGGGAAGCUAUCUUCCUCAAGGAGUUGAUCACCCGAGAUUUUGGCCAGCAGCGGAAAGCCCCGCCUAUAGACGGACAGUUCAUCGGCAUGCAAGCUUCCAAGCGCAUUGGACCAGGUUCCAAACUCAGACACCUUGAAGUCUGUGAGUUCUAUGUGCAAGGAGCUUUGCAGUCCAAGCAGAUAGCCUUGGGCAAAGUCAAGGGCACCGUGAAUUGUGCCAACUUCCUCACCAAACACCCAAAGAGUGGAACGGAAGUAAGGGUUUAG